AUGGUAGAAGGCAAAGGAAAAUUACCUGAGGGCGAAUCCAGCAAUCCGACAGAACCGGACCCCUCUCACGAUCCAGCAACCGCAAUAUUACGAAAAAAACCAGCUCCGAAUAAACUUAUUGUCGAUGACGCUACGAAAGAUGACAACUCGGUGAUGACACUGUCUCCAGCAACUAUGGAGAAAUUACAAUUAUUCCGUGGGGAUACUGUCUUGAUAAAAGGGAAAAAAAGACGUGAUACUGUUCUCAUUGUAUUGGCUGAUGACGAUUGCGAAGAUUCUAAAGUUAGGAUUAAUAAAGGUGAUAUUGUAUCAAUUCAUCCGUGUCCCGAUAUUAAGUAUGGCCGUCGCAUCCAAGUACUACCAAUUGAUGAUACAGUUGAGGGCGUGACAGGAAACCUAUUCGACGUAUAUCUUAAACCAUACUUCCAGGAAGCAUAUCGGCCAGUUCGAAAAGAUGAUCUCUUCCUUGUUAGAGGUGGUAUGCGGGCCGUAGAGUUUAAAAUUGUAGAGACCGAUCCAGCGGACUAUUGUAUAGUUGCACAAGACACAGAAAUAUAUUGUGAAGGCGACGCAAUCAAGCGAGAGGAUGAAGAAGCAAAUCUUAAUGAUGUAGGCUACGAUGAUAUUGGUGGAUGUAGAAAGCAGAUGGCUCAGAUACGUGAAUUGGUUGAAUUGCCUCUCCGUCACCCACAAUUAUUUAAAUCAAUCGGUAUAAAACCACCAAGAGGUAUUCUUAUGUAUGGCCCACCUGGUACCGGGAAAACAUUGAUUGCACGUGCAGUAGCCAACGAAACUGGCGCGUUCUUCUUCCUUAUUAAUGGGCCUGAGAUAAUGUCGAAGAUGGCUGGUGAAUCAGAGAGCAAUCUAAGAAAGGCAUUCGAAGAAGCAGAAAAGAAUAGCCCUGCUAUUAUUUUCAUUGACGAGAUUGAUGCCAUUGCUCCUAAGCGAGAGAAGACAAAUGGCGAAGUCGAACGUCGGGUUGUUUCACAGUUAUUAACAUUAAUGGACGGCAUGAAAGCUCGCUCUAACGUGGUUGUCAUGGCAGCCACCAAUCGACCCAAUAGCAUCGAUCCAGCAUUACGACGCUUUGGUCGGUUUGACCGUGAAAUCGAUAUUGGUAUUCCCGACCCUACUGGACGGUUAGAGAUUCUCCGCAUUCACACAAAGAACAUGAAACUAGAUGAAGAUGUUGAUUUAGAGCAGAUAGCUGGCGAAACGCACGGUUAUGUAGGAUCGGAUAUAGCUUCACUAUGCUCUGAAGCGGCUAUGCAGCAGAUAAGAGAGAAGAUGGAUUUGAUUGAUUUAGAAGAUGAAACUAUUGAUGCCGAAGUCCUGGAUUCUUUGGCUGUCACCAUGGACAACUUUAGAUAUGCAUUAGGUGCAUCAAAUCCUUCAGCGCUUCGAGAAACUGUUGUCGAAGUGCCUACGGUCACCUGGAACGAUAUUGGUGGUUUAGAAAAAGUUAAACAAGAAUUACAGGAAACUGUACAAUACCCUGUGGAGCAUCCUGACAAAUUCCUCAAAUUUGGUAUGUCUCCUUCAAAGGGUGUUCUGUUCUAUGGACCACCCGGAUGUGGUAAAACACUUUUAGCCAAGGCAAUUGCUAAUGAAUGUCAAGCCAACUUCAUCAGCAUUAAGGGCCCUGAACUGUUAACCAUGUGGUUCGGUGAGUCGGAAGCUAAUGUUCGAGACGUUUUCGAUAAAGCACGAGCGGCAGCACCCUGUGUCAUGUUCUUUGACGAACUGGAUUCUAUUGCGAAGUCUCGUGGUUCGUCUGCUGGUGACGGAGGCGGAGCCGGCGACCGUGUGCUCAACCAAAUUCUAACAGAAAUGGACGGAAUGAAUGCUAAGAAAAACGUGUUCGUCAUUGGUGCCACAAAUCGCCCUGACCAAAUCGAUCCAGCAUUACUUCGACCUGGACGUCUAGAUCAAUUAAUUUAUAUUCCAUUGCCCGACGAGCCAUCUCGUUUGAGCAUUUUGAAAGCAACCUUACGUAAAUCGCCCGUGCGUGAAGACGUCGACUUGGCGUACCUGGCCAAAAACACAGAUGGAUUCUCUGGGGCUGAUUUAACAGAAGUUUGUCAGAGAGCUUGUAAACUGGCUAUUAGGGAGAGCAUUGAAAAGGAGCAAUCCCUUGGCUUCGGUGCUGCGUUUAAAUUCCCUGAAACGACAGAAUCCACUGAGAGCGGUACAGGAGCAGGCGAGGAUGAGGAUCUUGCUUCUAUAUAUGAAUAG